AUGGUGGUUCCUGUUGAUGAGCAAACAAACCACAUUGAAUCAGAACCAAACAAGAAACAAGACAUCUUCCAGGAAGCAGCUGAAGCCAAGAACCAAAAUCAGGAAAGAAGAAAACCUUUCUCAUGUGUCAUCUGUGAAAAACGUUUCUUUUUCAAAUCUGCUUUUGAGCCUCAUAUGAGAACUCAUACGGGUAUAAAGCCGUUUUCAUGUGUGAACUGUGGAAAAAGUUUUAGUCAUAAACAGAAUUUAACUAAGCACAUAAGGAUUCACACCGGUGAAAAGCCAUUUUCAUGUGUAACCUGUGGUAAAGGUUUUUAUCAAAAACAAGAUUUAACUAAGCACAUAAGGAUUCACACCGGUGAAAAGCCAUUUUCAUGUGUGAACUGUGGAAAAGGUUUUUGUCAAAAACAGGAUUUCUCUCAGCAUCUGAGGACUCACACCGGUGAAAAGCCAUUUUCUUGUGCGACCUGUGGGAAGUGUUUUUGUCAAAAACAUAGUUUAACCCAGCACAUGAGGAGUCACACAGGUGAAAAGCCGUUUUCAUGUGGGACCUGUGGAAAGGGUUUUUGUCAAAAACAUAGUUUAAUUGACCACAUGAGGAGUCAUACAGGUGAAAUGCCUUUUUCAUGCGUGACCUGUGGAAAGAAAUUUAGUCAGAAACGUUUUUUAACUCAGCACAUGACGGUUCACACAGGUGAAAACUCUUUUUCAUGUGUUAACUGUGGAAAAGGUUUUAGUCAAAAACAAGGUUUAACUGAGCACAUGAGGAUUCACACUGGUGAAAAGCCGUUUUCAUGUGGGACCUGUGGAAAAAGUUUUUGUCAAAAACGUAGUUUAAGUAAGCAUAUGAUGAGUCAUACAGAUGAAAUGCCGUUUUCAUGUGGGAUCUGUGGAAAAAAAUUUCGUCAAAAACAGCAUUUAACUCGGCACAUGAGGAUUCACACUGGUGAAAAGCCUUUUUCAUGUGUGACCUGUGGAAAAAGUUAUCGUCAAAAAUACGACUUAACUCUCCACAUGAGGAGCCACUUAGGUGAAAAGUUGUAGAAGUAUUUUCCUUGUAUGACUUGUGUCACCUACUUAGUGAUGAGCAACCCUGAAUUUUUUUCUUUGCUGGCAUAUUCUGUAGCGCAAAAUUCUUAAAAACUGAAAAUCUGUGGAGAAUCCAAAAGAGAAACAUGAAUCUAUGAGCUGUUAUCAUUCUGAGGGAAAAUUGUUC